CCCAAACUAAACAACAGAGAGCCCCCGCAUAGGCCAGUAGUUAGCUUCUCCGAGCUCGAAAACAUCUUUCAGGAAAAAUCGAUACUACGAUCUGAGUGUAAAAUUUACUUUGUCCCCAACGAGUUGUAAGACUGUGCGGAUAGACUAACUUGACGGCGUUUGUUCGGGAAAUACGCCCAAAUCUAUACUUUUGUUGGUGAAAACGGAAUUGUGCGGUGUCGAAACUCUUCUAGCGAUUGUUAGACGUUGUUGAAAAAUGACCAGUUAAUGAUAAUUGGCCGCAGAAAUUGAUUCUUACAGCACCCCUUAUAGGCGUUUCCCUCUUGCUAGUUUUUCUAUAGUAGGGAAAAAUUCAUAUGAAAAAAAAAUGUGUUAAUAUCGGAUAACUUGAUAAUAUACUUGAAGCAACUGUGAAGCCUUUUUAGCAGGAUGAGGCACAGACAGUGGUUGCUAUCACUGGUGAUAGCGAUAUUUUACUGUUUAAAAAUCGCUAAUGGGUCGGAAGAUGAGGAACGACUGGUGCGAGAUUUGUUCCGCGGCUACAACAAACUGAUUCGGCCGGUCCAGAACAUGACACAGAAAGUGGACGUGCGGUUUGGGUUGGCCUUCGUGCAGUUGAUUAACGUCAACGAGAAGAAUCAGAUCAUGAAGUCGAACGUAUGGUUGCGAUUGGUGUGGAGUGAUUACCAGCUGCAGUGGGAUGAGGCCGAUUACGGUGGAAUUGGUGUAUUACGACUUCCCCCAGACAAGGUCUGGAAGCCAGAUAUCGUGCUGUUCAAUAAUGCCGACGGUAACUACGAAGUGCGCUACAAAUCCAACGUGCUCAUCUACCCCAACGGUGAAGUCCUGUGGGUUCCACCGGCCAUCUACCAGAGUUCCUGCACGAUUGACGUAACGUACUUCCCGUUCGAUCAGCAGACCUGUAUCAUGAAAUUCGGUUCCUGGACAUUCAACGGAGAUCAGGUAUCGCUGGCACUGUACAACAACAAAAAUUUCGUAGAUCUCUCCGAUUACUGGAAGUCCGGUACCUGGGAUAUCAUCGAAGUACCGGCCUAUCUCAACGUGUACGAGGGAAACCCCACGGAAACGGACAUCACGUUCUACAUUAUAAUUCGAAGAAAGACCCUAUUCUACACAGUCAACUUGAUCCUGCCAACCGUGCUGAUUUCGUUCCUUUGCGUCCUGGUAUUCUAUCUACCCGCAGAAGCCGGCGAAAAAGUAACCUUGGGCAUCAGUAUUCUGCUGUCACUGGUUGUGUUCCUGUUGCUGGUAUCGAAGAUUUUGCCACCGACCUCGCUCGUACUGCCACUGAUCGCCAAGUAUCUCCUGUUCACCUUCAUCAUGAACACGGUCUCCAUCCUGGUCACCGUUAUCAUUAUCAACUGGAACUUCCGAGGACCGCGAACCCACCGGAUGCCCAUGUGGAUCCGAUCGGUCUUCCUUCACUAUCUGCCGGCGAUGCUGCUCAUGAAACGACCCCGCAAAACCCGACUGCGGUGGAUGAUGGAAAUGCCCGGUAUGAGCAUGCCCCCGCAACCUCACACCCAUCCCUCGUACGGAUCGCCAGCCGAAGUUCCCAAACACAUCAGUGCGCUCGGCGCUAAACAGUCCAAGAUGGACGUCAUGGAGCUGUCCGAUCUGCACCACCCGAACUGCAAGAUGAACCGGAAGAUGAACAGCGGCGACAUCGGCCUGGGGGCGGAUUCCUGCCGCCGGGAGAGCGAAAGUUCCGAUUCCAUCCUGCUGUCACCGGAGGCGAGCAAGGCUACCGAGGCAGUCGAGUUCAUUGCCGAGCAUUUGCGGAACGAGGAUCUCUACAUCCAGACCCGCGAGGACUGGAAGUACGUUGCCAUGGUGAUCGAUCGGCUGCAGCUGUACAUCUUCUUCAUCGUCACCACGGCUGGCACUGUGGGCAUUCUGAUGGACGCGCCGCACAUCUUCGAGUACGUCGAUCAGGAUCGCAUCAUUGAAAUCUACCGCGGUAAGUAAGCCAUCGGGGAUCGUCGUCCUCGUCGUCGUCGCCGUUUGUCAUCGUUGUUGAAAUGUUAGGUUAACAUUUGCUCAAAUAGUAGAGAAAAGGGGUCAUUUUUACGUACGACUUUUGUGAGAAUAUAUUGAAACAUUUUUAAAUUACGUAACAGAUAAGAAUUUUGCUCUUAAGCUUGUUUCCUUUAUCACAACUGUUAUUUAGUACAGACAUUAGAUAAACAAAACAAUAGUUCAAUCCUAUGUGUUAAACGAAGGAAAUCAGAGAUGUUUACUUAAAGUUAUUACUUUCUGAGCUUCCAAGAUUUCGUUCAACUGCUCAAAAAGAGAACGCGGGAAAAGUUUAAAUUAAGAAAAACGCCAAAUUUUAUUUAGCAAACCACUUCGAGUAACAACCCAAGUCUUUGAGCAAACUUUUAGGAAGAAUAAAUUUAACGAUAACUCAUUAAAACUGUUUCAAAACACUAACUAGCGAAGGCAAAAAAUAUUGCAUUUCAAUACCAAAAUACAAGCACUACCAAUUUUGCAAAUAAAAUGCAAAAUGAAAAUAAAACUACAAUUAGUCAAUACAACUUAAAAGAAAGAAAAUGGAAAACAAACAAGCUGCAACGAGAAUAUUGAAACGCCCUUUUGUAUUAUUCCUUGAAGAAUCCUUCGCGAAAAAAAUAAUAGUAUCAAUCAAUAAAAUCGAAAUAUUACUAAGAAACAAAUUAAGAAAAAAAGCAAAACAAAUUCACGUUGACGGAUAUGCAAAAAAAAACAACCAACAACAGCAAAUCUCUGAAGAGCAACUAACUACUCACGAAGAGCGAUAAACAAUAAUUAGGCUACUAGUCAAGUGAAAUUCAUAAACGACCCCAGUAUCCUUAACAGAACCUGGCAUGGAGUUAAUUUCGAAGAAGACUUCGUGGCGUGGCAAAUGAACAACAUGCAUUGGUACUGGAAGGUACUCACGCAAGGAGAAUAUUCCACUUCAACUAUCUAAACUACCUUUAAAAAUAGGAUAUCAAAAACUUCAAACCGAGAGAAAAAAAAAACGAGAUUUUGUGCACAAAUCAAAUAAGUAUUGAAAAACUCACAUACACACAGAAACACACGCAUGCUACGCAAAUUUUAAACAAUAACCGACGAGAGCAAACCAACAAGAAUAAAAGAAACUCACAGAUACAUUAAGCAAACUAGAAAAAUAGCAAAAAAUAACAUUCGUUGUAAUUGAUAAGCAUUUUUAAGAAAAUGGGGUAUAAUAAUAAACAUAAACAUGAUAGUUCGUAUUAAAAUAUAA